UACGUGUGCGUUUUUAGAUCGUCUCGCGCGAGCUGCUGUCCGACCGAGCUGGAGCAAGAGGAGUCGCUUGGUAUACACGACUGAGUUUCUUGGUGCUUUUAGUUCCAACCUCGAUUGAACCAAUGCGUUUGAUGCCGUCCAGGACCUUUUGUAAAAUUAUGCUUUCUUCCUGUCACUACACUACCCGUACCCUGCUGUCCCUAACAUCCCUAUUAACCCAUGAACAUCCUUAAGAACUCCGAGAAACUGGAAAUGCAGAAAGUGGUAGGCUUUCUGUGCAAGGUGUUGUAGCUGGCCCGUCGAUUUUUGCCCAUAUCAUACCAUCUGCCUCAUUAGAGAACAGCAACAGCCCCCCGCGUCGAGACACUUAUCGCCGUCAUUUUUCCUCUGCGCAGUACCAAAGGAGCCCAAGUCCAAGACAUAACUGCCCCGGAAAUACUGAGUUAAGAUGUCGUACCCCUGGGUCGAUGUUCCGAUUGUGGACUUGGCGCCUUUCGUCCAGGAUGAUCCGAGCAAGUCCAACGAAGAGGCUACCCCGGAUCAGCCAUAUUGGAUGUCCUCCACCCCGACCGGCUUCGACGCCGCGGCACACACCACCCCUUCUGGCGCCUACGAUUUCUACGCUUCCACCGCGUCGUACCUCUCCAGUUCCUCCAGCAGCUACCUGAGUUUUUCGCCGAAAAAGGACCCGAAAAAGCAAGCCGUGUCCCGCGAAAUUGCCGCGGCCAGCUCCAAGUACGGCAGUUUCUGGGUGGACGUAUCGGCGUUUACCGAAGUGUGGAAGCAGCACGCACUGGCAGUGGCAGAAGCCGCGAAGAGUACUACCGACAGCAAGAUGAAAACGAGGAGCAGUCCGAGCGUAGCUCUUGCAGAGCCUGUAAUUGCUGGUGGUGGAACUUAUGCAAAAGAGAAGACACGACGAGAACCAGAACUCGCUAGUACCGGCCAGCAGCGGGGAACCACGUCAAGUGGGACGAAGAACUUUUCUCCUCUCUCACGUGGAAGCAGCGUGAUGUCCGCGUCUAGGGGAACGCGGCACUUUUCCUUUGACGGCCGCGACAGUAUUCCCAACGAGGAACCCACACCCGACGUGUCGCCGGCCAUGCCAAGCGCCACUGCGGUUGGAGCAGGAGGUGCUGUUACAGCGGCAUCUUUUCCGCCAGCUGCUGCUGUUUUACCGACCACUUCAUCAUCGCCGCAGAAGAACACGACCGCAGCCACCACUUCCCCAAUAAGUGCCGCAGCAACGCUAUCCACAGACCCCUAUUCUUUCUCUUUUCCCAUACCCGCUAGCACGUUCUCCAGCGAUUACUUCGCGACCGACCCCUUCGCGAGCGUGUUCGGAGACAGCACGGUGCCCCCGACCCCGGAGAUUUUGGAGACGCCGGCACAGUCACCGGAGAAGGCCACGACAGGGGUAAGGACUGGAACUACGGAUAGUACGUAUUACUACACGACGGCGACCAGUGCCAGGAGCGAGGACGCAGCGGCAACAUCUUCUACUGCUUUAUUCACGACGAGUGGAUCUUCGGCUUCGUCUGCUUCGACCACGACCAAGCAAGACAAGCAAAAAAGCGUAGCGUUGGGCAAGUCCACCAUGGCGUUGAAAUCUGCGACACCAGCUGACAUUUCAGUUACGACUUCGAGUAACCAUGUUGAUCGCCACGAUAAUUCCCCCCCUCCGGAACAAGGCUACCAUCGCGACACGGUCCUCCAGGGUGUGAAGAAUUUGUUCGAGACGGUUUCCCAGAAGGAUAAGGAACUCAAUGCCGCGUGGCACCAGCCGCAGCGGGGCUACAUCCCCUUCGGCGCGGAGUCCGGAUCCGCGGCGUUUUUCGAAAACAAGGAGGGCUUUGCCUAUGGGUUCUCCGGCUGGAGCGAUUUUUCUACUUCAUCUGGUACCUCACAACUACCAACGGACAAGCAGAUAAGCUCCGCUGCGUUAAACGACAAGAAUUUGCCGCAAAACGACAUGGAGGGCUACAACGUGUGGGCGAAAUCCCUCGACGGUGGAACGAAAAACUUACUCGAAAAACAGCUCUUCUCCCUCUUCGUCGCCGUUGGGGAGGCGCUCGUCCGCGCGUACAGUUUGCAUUUGUACGAGGACGAAGCGUUACUCGCCGACAAGUGGAAGGGCGGCGAGACGAUCUCCCUCGCGCGCGUGUUUCGGUAUUUCGAAACCCCGAAUGGUGAGGAGAUUCGGAAAAGGUCGAAAUCCAGUAUCGCGCACCAAAGCAUGACGAGCCCGAGUCGGAAAAUCGUGAGGAAUAGUGGAUCUUUUAGAAACAGCCCGGCCAACAGCAGUUUUGACAGCAACUCGCCGAACGCAAUGGACCGGCUGUCCGCCACCCAGCUACGGCAGCUGAACGACGAGUCGCAGCUGAAGUCGCUCGGGUCCAGCCCGCACACGGACUGGGGGCUCCUCACGUUGAUCACCGCGGAUGAUGUUCCGGGGUUGCAAUUGUGCCUAGACGGCGUGUACCACACGGUGAAGCCGCGGUUUGACCAGAAUCUGCUGUUCGUCAACUGUGGCGACUUCAUGUCCUUGCUCUCCUGUGGAAAAUUUCUCUCCCCCAUACACCGGGUUCUGUCGCCCGGGAGCUUCGAAGUUGACGGUGGCCAUGUUGGUUCUCCAGCGAUGUCCUCGCGGCAGAGCGGGAGCCCGAAGUCGCAAAUAGACAAUUUCUACAGCAAGCGGAGAAGCAAGGAAGUCCGGGACGUCGACGAUGCCGUGGCGGCUGCAACUUCUUCCGCACCAGCGUCGCCAAGUGCAGCAGACGCGUUGAGGGGUCCGGCGGGCGGGGGCGACAAGAAUAAAGACGGGAGUCAAGAAAGUGCCUUGUUUCCCGCCGAGUCAAGUGCCGCUGGUGGAGACCACUGCAGCGCAGCCUCUUCGUCACGAAGGCCUUCGGAGACGGAAACAGACACGUCCAAAUCGGUGAAUCCGGACAUGUUGUUGAGUGCCGCGGUAGGCGCAAUGGAGCAGCUGCACCAGCAGACAGAGCAGAGUGCAAACACGGAUCCGGAGGAGAGCGGUACUAGCGCGAGUAGUGCCACAGCCACUGAUAAGAACAAGAAGACAACAAGUGCUUCUGUAGCUGACGGCAACAAGGAGCAAGACAGCGACACAGUCAUCAAGCAACAAGUGGACGAUGACGAACCAGGAGUACAACAACAAUCUGGGUCAACAUCGGCACUUGCUGUAUCCUUACCAGUCGACGCCAGAACAUCAAACGCCUGUUCGCCGCCGUCUAGCAGCACUCGGACGCCGGACCUGCAGCCGGAGGAAGCUGAAACAGCAGCUCAUGACGAGAAGAAUAGUGCUAUCACCCUCGUCGUUCAGACCAAUGCAGCAUCGCAAAUUGACGUAACGUCCGGCGAGGAGGAACAAGGAGACGCAAUAAAGUCAAAAGACGGGGGCAAUGGCUCUGCUACAGAGCCGGAUCAGGAACAACCGCCACAGGAUCCACCUCAAACUGGAGCUACUGCAUUGGAUAAAGUAAACUCAUCCCCGAGGAGCCCGUCGAGGACCAUGUCGGGUUCCCUUGCCGUCCCUGGGGGCGAUUCCAGCGACGUUGCCGGGGAGCCAGAGGACCAGCGGGCGCCAAGGGAUUUCUUCUUGGACAAGACCAAAUUUGACGCACGAGGAUCACCUGGUGGUGAUGCUGAAAAGCAAGCCGACGUUGUCAAGAGCACACGACCAGCGCGGGGCAACGGUAAAGAGGAAGAACAACAAUUUGAAACCGCAUUUGAAAAUCCUGAGAGCACACAAACCCAACCAGCAACAGAACCGCCGGGCUCGCCAUUCUACGCACCCACGCCCUUUCAAGAAAACGCCCGGUCGCUGGAAACGAUGGCGCCGGCUUUGCCGCAAGUUUUAGAGGACGCCGGGUUCUUGAAGAUAGCAGGAGGGAAUAUUAGAACGGACAAAUCCAGAAGUACCGACGUCGUGGCAGCACCAGAUCGUCAUGACCUGCUGACCGCUGGAGGUGCACCAGAGAAGAACGAGAAGAAGACUUCUGAUGUUUCCGCGGAGACGAAGAAGAAGCUGCAGGAUUUGUUCCAGCAGGAGCAGCGGCAGGAACAAGUGUCAAUGACCAAUGCGCGAACGAAUUCAACAAAUUCUGUGAACAACCGUUACUCCGUCGUUUUCUUUUACUACCCGAACUACGAUGCCAAAAUUCCGCCGCCGCCAAAGUCCCAAGGGCGACAGGUCUACUCGGUGUUCACGGACCAGAGUGGGCGCGGGGAGCAGUAUCAGAACCUGGUCGCGAGUAUUGGCAGCUUUGCAGAAAUUCACAACUUGUCCUUCGGCAGCUGGAUCAAGAAAAAGUGGGAGUCGGUUAGUCGGAAGAAGUAGAAUUCGCCUCGUCUGGUCGAGUUGGAGCAACCUAGCGUGGGAGAAAUACAUGGAGGCAGAAAUAUCCGAUCCUCCCACCUCACCCUCACGCAAGAAUUAUUUCGACCGUAUUUGGCUUACGAUGGCCACGUACCAUUGCUUUUCAUGUUGUGUAAAAAAGACGAACCACUACAACGAACAGACACACCUCUGUGUGUGCCGCUCUCUUGCUUUCAUUUAGCUUUUUUGUGACGCAAUGCAAAGGCCGCAAAUUAU